UUCUCUACUGCCUCCCAUGUGAAUUGCUCAUUUGGCAUCAUUCUUCCUCGUGCACUUACAGCAUACAAGUGUGGAACCAUAUAAUACGACAAGAGAGACCCGAGGCCAGACAUGAUGUUCUGAAAGCGACCGUACAUCGCUGUAAGCAGCACAUGAUUUCACCACGCGACUUGGAGGAAGAGAGAGAGAGUGUGUGUGAUAUGAGGAAUAGCAUUCGAAAGGCAUGUCCCCCUACCGAAUCAACCAGUCAUCGACCUCUCAAUAAGACCGGGGCAUCGAGAAUGAAUCUACAAGCAUCGUUGAGGUCCUCCAUACUCUUGAGUAUAUUCAGUAUGGCGAGAUGGGGUCCUGAUCUCCUCGACCGGAUAUUGAAGCAUGUUUGCGAUGUUCAUGGGAGCAAGAUGAGAGGGAUUGUCCUGUCCGGUGGAAGCAAACAAAAUAUGGGGACGGGUGAAGUGAGCAGAGGGCAGAGAGUGAGGGGGGGGGGGAGAACGACUCCGGGCUGCAACGGUAGAUAUAUAGGACCUGAUGCCUAUUCAGGGUCUGGCUCCGCUGCGGCGGACCAGCAGUCCGCAAGCGCCACAUCUACCUUUCGAUGCUUUCUUCUUCCUGCAAAUCUGCAGUGGUAAGCCCAGCUGGGUACUCGUACUGUAAAAAUGAAGCUUGAUUGUUGAAAGUACGGUAGGCACGAUCCACACAAACGGGCUAAAGCGAACGCGGAAAGGCCUCCGAUGUGCUAGUCUUACAAAGCGACGAGGGUGUCAGAUGGAAGGAAUAGAAUCGACAGUACAUCUUCCAGUCUUGUGCGGAAGCCAGACACACUCGAUGUUUCCUAUGGGAUCCAACAUG